UCGUGGGUCCUCGCACCUUUCAACAAGCAACCACACCUCCCACUCUCCUAAAUGAUAACAUCAGCUCACCAAUCUCUGCAAUAAUGGCCGCCAAAGCACCCCAAGGGAACCAAAUCGACCUCUCCACUCUCCCCCUGCCCCAACUCCAAGACCUCAAAACCCAACUCGACCGCGAACUCGAACACCUCACCACCUCGUUCCAAUCCCUACGCACCGCGCAAUCCAAAUUCCGCGACUGCCUUACCUCCCUCUCGACCGGAGUCACGCCCGCCUCUCUCGAGAAGCCGCUCCUCGUGCCCCUCACGUCGUCCCUGUACGUCCCCGGCCGGCUCACCGACGCGGAGAACGUGCUCAUUGAUAUCGGCACGGGAUUCUUCGUGGAGAAGAAUACGAAGGACGCGAAGGAUUUCUAUGAGAGGAAAGUCAAGGAUUUGCAGGGGAGUUUGAAGGAGUUGGAGCUGGUGAUUAAUGGGAAGGCGGGGAAUGUGAGGAUGGUGGAAGAGGUCAUUAGGGUGAGGGUGUUGAGUGCGCAGGGUGAGGGGCAGGAGGGGAAGGGAAAGAAGGCGGGAUAAGAAGUUGAAUGGCACUGAAGAUGCUCUUGAGAGUGCUCUGCUUUGCAGGUUGCCGAAGCUCGAGAGGUGUGAGUGAGAUAUUGUGGUUUCAGGGUCUCAUGGAGCGAGCAUGCCACCGUAACAAGGACACAUCACCACGAUGGCAAUAUGAGGCACAGCAAAAGACCAUGACAAGCUACACGGAUGCAAUAGCUUUCGAGCUGGGACACAAUAAGAGGUUGGGACUUGCGCAUCCAGGGUUCUCCUUCAAUUGCACGCAGAGAGCACAUGUUUGAUCGUAUAUUUCAAUUCUCUAGCUAUGGAUGCCAUUUCUCCUUCAAGCAGCACAUGACGUCCGAGAUCUCAUGACAUCUGCCCUGUCCCAAGCUAGAGAAUCGUUGGGAAAUAAAACCCUGCCGUCAUCCCUUG